CGGGGAUUAAUAUGUAUUAGAUAAUAGUUCUAUUAAUUUUCAUUUCCCUUUUUUUUUUUCUCUCUUUUAUAAUUUUAAAAUAAAAAAGGAUGGCUGAUUUGAGUAAAGACGUCCAGAAUUUGAAAUUAGAAGGAGAAGCCGUUAAGGUUGCUCCUGUGGAUGCACCUAAAGUUGCUGCACAAAACGUCACACCUUGGGAAGUUGAAGGCGCUAUUGUAGACGGUGUUCAACAAGCUAUUGAUUAUAACAAGCUUAUUGAGCAAUUUGGUACUAGACAUAUCGAUGAUGCUUUAUUAGAACGUUUUGAAAAAUUAACUGGACGUAGACCUCACAUCUUUUUAAGAAGAGGCACUUUCUUCUCUCAUAGAGAGCUUAAUGUCAUUCUCGAUCGUUAUGAGCAAAAAAAGCCUUUCUUUUUGUAUACCGGCCGUGGUCCUUCUAGUUCUUCUAUGCACUUGGGCCAUAUGGUUCCUUUCAUCUUUUGUCAAUGGCUUCAAGACGUUUUUGAUGUACCUAUUGUUAUUCAAUUGACAGAUGAUGAGAAAUUUUUAUUCAAACCUAAUUUGACAGUUGAAAUGUGCCAACAAUUUGCUUAUGAAAAUGCAAAGGAUAUUAUUGCUUGCGGUUUUAAGCCUGAAAAGACAUUUAUUUUCUCCAAUUUUGAUAAUGUUGGUGGUGCAUUUUAUCGUAAUGUAGUUAAAAUUUCUCGCUGUAUUACACUUUCUCAAUCUAAAGCUACUUUUGGGUUCAAUGAUAGCGACAAUAUUGGUAAGGCACACUUUGUUAGUGUUCAAGCUGCACCUUCAUUUUCAAACUCUUUCCCUCAAAUUUUUGGUGAAAAGAAGGAUAUUCCUUGUUUGAUUCCUUGUGCUAUUGAUCAAGAUCCCUAUUUCCGUUUAACUCGUGAUGUUGCAAAGAGAUUGAAAUAUCUUAAGCCAUCUCUUAUUCAUGCAAAGUUCUUCCCUGCUCUUCAAGGCCCUCAAACAAAGAUGAGUGCUUCAUUAGAUACAUCAGCUAUUUUCAUGAGUGAUACUCCUAAACAAAUUAAGAAUAAGAUUAAUAAGCACGCCUUUUCAGGUGGUGGAGCUACUAUUGAAGAACAUAGAGCUAACGGUGGUAAUCCUGACGUUGAUGUUGCUUAUCAAUACCUUUCUUUCUUUUUGGAAGACGAUGAAGAAUUGAAAAAGAUUCAUGAUUCAUAUAAAUCAGGCGAAUUAAUGACAGGCGAAUUAAAGAAAAUCUGUAUUGAAGUUUUACAAAAGUUUGUUGCUGACUUCCAAGAAAGAAAGAGUAAAAUCACUGAUGAAACAAUUGCCUUCUUUAUGGAUAAGAAUAGAAAAAUUGAUCCCUAAACAAAAAAUGAAAAAAAAAAAAUAAAUAAAAUAAAAUAGAGACUGUGUAACGUCAGUGCUUACCG